AUGAAUAAUUUACAUUGUUAGAAGAAAAAAAGAAUUCAUGAAGUCACUUAUGCUUAAAGAGUCAUCAAUUCUGUUAAACCAGAUAUAGAAAAUAUCAAAUUAAAUGAAAACUUAUUUUAAGCUCAAUAAAUGGCUAAACAUUCAUCUACAUUAAUUAGAGAUAUUUAGAAGGAUGUUAGAUUGACUCUAAAGAAAUAUGAUUCAUAUAUUAAGAUGAGUGAAUCUAAUAGAAAAAUGACUGAUAAUAAAUUUAGCGAAUCUACUAGAAGGUAUUAAAGUGAGAGUCCACUUAAAUAAUAAGAAUAAACAGAAAAGGAACUUGAAACUUUAAGAUAAUAACAAAGAAUUUUAAUGACUCUCCUUAACAAUCUACAAUAAUAAGAAAAACUAAUUGUUUCUUAAACAUCUCCUAAUCCUGAACCACAUCCUAAACCAGUUAUUGAUAAAGAAUGGUUUGAAUAAAAAACUAAAUAAUUAUAGUAAAUUUAAAAAUCAUAAGCAUAAAUUGAAAAUCCAUCAUCAAAAAGAUUAGAAAAGAGUGAUGUAAUAUAAAUUGAUCUUAGCAAAGUUAAAAGAUCACCUAAUAGUAAAUCAAGUUCUGCUUAACAUUUUUUUAGUCCAACUAAAAAUCCUAUUAAGAAUUCAGUUACUUAUUUUUAAAAUUAAACAUCAAGUUAUGCAAAGUUACAUAGAAAAUAAUCUAAUUCUCCUUAAAAAUGGGGUUAAUAUGGAGUAAUAGGUUAAUAGAAACCAGAGAAAAAUUUAAUUGUUAGUAAAAGGAAUGAAUAAUGGAAAUAAAGAGUAGAUAAUAAGAUAAAGAAUGAAGUAUCAAAAAAGCAAGAGAAAGAAAUAAAAGCAUGUACUUUUAAACCUAAAAUCUUGUCUAAAACUCCUAAGAGUAAUCACAAUAGUAAAGAAACAUCAACUGAUUUCAAUGAGAUUAUGUUUUUAAUUGAUGAUAUCAAUGAGUUUAAUGAUAAAUUCAAGAGAUCAACAAUUAAAAAAUGA